AUGGCAUCGCUAACAGAAGACGGCCCACGCAGGUUUCGAAAGCAUGUCACUUUCAACAACGUGCAAAUCGGCGAGCCCACGAAAAACAACUUCCCCUCCUACACUCUGGUCGUGCGCCACCUCGGCUACUAUUCGAAGCGACGCUCAAGGACAUUCAUGGUCGGUAUCGACGACCAUCAAUAUUCGGACGAAGCUCUGCAGUGGCUGUUUGACAAGUUUGUUGAAGAUGGCGACGAGAUUAUCUGUGUGCGAGUUGUCGAGAAAGACGUCCGUCAGCUUGAGACCGACAGGAGAAUAGCAGACUUCCAGCAGGAGGCCAAUGCCGAGGUAGAAAGGAUCAAGGCCAAGAGCGGCGACGGCAAAGCCAUUAGUAUCGUCCUCGAGUACGCUGUGGGUAAGCUCCACUCGACGUUUCAACGCCUGAUACAACUACAUCAGCCUAGCAUGUUGAUCGUCGGCACGAGGGGACGAACCCUCGGAGGGUUUCAGGGACUCAUGGCAACGCGAAACUCGUUCUCCAAGUACUGUCUACAGUACUGCCCGGUACCGGUCGUGGUAGUAAGGCCCGACGAAAAAAGACAGAAAAAGAAGGGCAAGCGCGACGCCGAUCCAGAGAAACAGAGUUACCGACAAAUGCUGCAGUCGAAUCAUGGAAUACAUGAGGCAGAUAGCGAUGCUGCCAGUGCCUGGGGAAUUGAGUCCAAAUUGACUGCCGAUGAGGAGGCCGGAAAGGUGGCGAGGGCGAUGGGCUUGCCAGCCAAAUUCGACCCAACCUUGAAACCUUUCAAGAAGGCGGAGCGACAGCGCAGCUCCCUGAGUCAGAUCAGCCAGGCGACGAGCACGGAAGAGCCCGGCCGGCUCAUCUCGACCCCGACUAUGACACCAACUGUCAGCGCGGCGAACAGCGAGGACGAAGGCAGCGGCGACGAGGAUGAGGAAGGGGAGGGUGAGUUCGAAGUUACAAGUGGCGCACAGCUUCUCAAGGCUCAAAGGAAAGAACUUGAGGAGAAGCAGAAGGAACAAGAGAAGAAGGACCGCCUGCACAAGAUGGAAGUCGGAGAGGCGGCGGCAUUGUUGAAGCAUAAACCCGGCGAGGAUGAGGAGGAAGACGAGGAUGACGAUGAGGACGAAGACGACGAAGACGGUGGAGGUGCCGUAAGGACGACAUCAUCGGAUUAA